GAAAAAAAGCCCAGACGACAAACUAGAUGUGUUAAAAAAUCUGAUGAUUCAUCACAUAGCACGCAAUCCCAUUUCGAAUAAAAACAUUAUUAAAAUUGAGAAAAUUAACUUGUGACCGAUGCAUAAAAAUCUUUGGAAACAGGCAGAUGUGCCCAGUGAGAUAUAAAAAAUUGAGUUUUACUAUUUGCCCAUGGCUACUUUCUGCAUAAUGAUGUCAUACUAUUCUACGUUCGUUUAUGAUUUAAAAAAAAUAAAUUAAGUAAAUCAUUCAUAAUUCAUAACUAUUAGAUUCGGGUAAAUACAAUAAACUGAAUUAUGAGAAACAAGUCGUGGUUUAGUUUGCCGAGUCGUAUCUAAAACAAGAAGACAACAAACGUAAGAAAAUAACAUUUGAUUUCUUCUGUUUUUCUAAACUAGAUAUGGCAGUGUAAUUAAACUACGAUAAGACGUUACAUACUCAACUACUUAUACUACGCUACUAUUGUAAUACUGUCGUUUAUGUAAUUUUUAUAUGCCAACUGUAUAAUUUACAUACCUAAAAAACUACUAUACCUAAUACCCAUAUAAUUCUUAUAAUAGCGACGAUAAAGGCUAUAAAUUUAAAGUCGGUGUAUAAAAAAAAACCCAUUCUGCUUCAUUAUGAGAAAAAAAUAGAAAAAACGAAGGAAUGAAACGGAAUAAUAAUAAUAUUAAUAAUAAUAAAACAAUAAUGAUGAUGAUGAUGAUGAUGAUGAUGAUGAUAAACCACGAAGAAAUUAACACGUUUAAAAAAUGGAACAUACAUAUUAUAAAAUAAUAAAUUAUUAUUAUUAUUAUUGAAUUAUAGUAAAUUAUAAAUAAUCAUGUAUUAACUAAUUAUAUUAUAUACAUAUAUAUUUGUAUGUGUUACGCCUGGAUGUACACAUAUUCAUAUAUGUAAUAUAUAAAUAUAAGAAUAUGGGUCUGUAAACUAUCAUCAAGUAAUGUAACAAAAUACCAAAUUGUAUAACAUUUUAAGUAUUGUUUGAAAAAAAAAAUGAAAGAAAAACAAACGGAAAGACCCAGCAAUAAUACAAAAUGUAAAUAUUAAAUCAAUAAUGGUAUUAUUUAUCAUUGGGUUUCUUCCUCUCUGAUAUUUACUCACAAAACAGAUUCACACAUUUAGUAUGAUUUAUUACUCAAUAAGUACUACUUACAACAGUUUUGGUAUAAAGUUUCAUUGAAGAUUUUUUGAAGUUCUUCUGAUUAUAUGUGUUUCAAUACGCAUGUACAAACAGUAGACUUAUCAAGUCUGAAUUAGUUGUUGGUCACCUUUGUGACCUCUGAAUCAUAUGUAUGUGAUAAUUGAACAUCAUUGAAGCCAAUUCAUUCCACUUGUACUGAUACCCGGGGCUAUAUAAGAGCUGCAGGUUCUCUUGGUAAAGCGUUAAUAUUCGAUGUGGUGUAUCUUAUGACAAAUCAUCUUACAAAAAGUUCAGUUUGCUCAUCGAUUCUGUUAGGGUGGAAAAAUGACAGCUGGUAAUUUAUUAUUAUUCAUUAAUGUUAUUGCAUUCUUGUAACAGAAUCUGCAAAUAGUUGAAAUUCCAGAAAUUUUUUCCGGGACGGAAUUAUUUAUGAUCAAAUUUCCAAAUGUAAAAUCUAUCCCAGUACUUUAUCAAUGGCUGCGAGAUCACUGCAGAAAUCUUUCUUUUGCCCGACAGAUGUGACGAGUGUUAUAAUGCAACCACAAAUCAGAGGAAUAUCACUAUUCUAGAUUUUCCAGAAAAUAUAGCCCCUUCAAAAUAUGAUUGCUCUGAGGGAGUACUCCAAGUAACUUGUAAGUCAAAGAAUUUUGUUCAUGACCAAAUUAGCCAGUUUCCUUGGUAUUGAAUUUCAAGGGAUGGGUGGGCACAAAUCUGACUACCAACUAUCUUGGCUAUUGAAGAAUGCUGGAUUCAUAGGAGAUGAUAGUGAGGAAGAAAAAAUACCAAGAAUUCCAUGGCAGAAAUUACCAGACAUAGCCCGAGUCGGUUUGAAACCCUACCUCAACAAUGAUGCUGGUUUGUCCUCUAUAAUUUCAUCCGUUCUGCGUUAUGGGAUAGGAAUUGUCACCGGUGUGGAUCCUACCCUUGCUGCGACCGAAGAGGUCAUCACCAGGAUAGCACCGGUUCAAAAAACUCUAUUUGGUGAAAUGUGGGAAGUGAAUCAUAAUGGCAAUGAUGCUGAUGUGCUCGAAAACGGUGAUCUUCACGUUUUCCAGGAUACCGCGUAUACCGCUAUUGCUCUCAGAGCUCACACAGACAAUACCUAUUGGUGCGAUGCUGCAGGACUGCAGGUCUUUCACAUGUUGAAACCAGCCCCUAUCGGAGGAGAAACGCUUUUCGUGGAUGGCUUAAGUGUCACUCUCAAACUAAAAGCAGAGCAUCCAGAAGCUUAUGAAAGAUUAACACAUACUCCAAUCUCGGCAACAUACAUAGCGGAUGGUCAGCAUCACGUAUAUCGGGACCCUAUCAUAAAGCUGGAUCCUGUAACGAAAAAACUUUUGCAAAUAAGAUUCAACCUUUAUGAUCGAUCUGUGAUGAGAACUGUCCCCCAAAAUAAGAUGAAGCAACACUAUGACGAUUUACGCAUGAUAGCUUCAAUAGUCGCUGAGAAAACACGGGAGAACUACGUUAAACUUCAACCUGGAGAGGUUUGGAUCGUUGACAACUGGACAGUACUUCACGGUAGGGCAGGGUAUCAAGGAUCUCGACACCUUGGUGGAAGUUACGUUUCACGUACCGACUGGCAGAGUAAGGCUACGGUUCUGGGUCUUAUCAAUUGUUGAAGAUUCAUGACAGGUCUUUAACUUUAUUUACCAUCAAAUGUACAGAACGAAAAUCAAGCCAGCAGAAAUUUAGAAAUAUAACAAGACAUUCCUGUCGGAUAUGUUCUCAAGUCUAAAACA